UUGCGCGCAGAAGGCGAACUUCCGGCAUAGUCCGUUGAGGAAUACAGGACAUAACUUCCAGGAAAAUGCGUUAGACAGUUGUCAUAACUGAAAGAAUAAAACCAAAAUACAGUACAUUUCAAUGUUAUAUGACGUUUAAAUCAAUGUACGAUAAGGUUGUAUAUCCUGGGGGCUCAUACGGAAGCGAUCGUGUUAGCUGAUCAGUCAUCGAUCGAUAGGUAUUAAGUGCGCGAGCUCGGCUAAACAUGGGCACGAGAUCUAGUCGUUUACAGGAGGAUUCCGUAUCUACAUCUUUCGAUAAAGAUGGCAUCAAGCGUGAAUCCUGUCGACGGAUCCGGAGCGCAAGGCCUACCAGCCUCAUGGUGGAGUUUUCCGGUAGUUUCGAUCAUGAUUCAGAGGCGAACCACAGCCGGUCAGAGGAGGGCAGCGAUUCGGAUACCGGACAGCAGGCGAGCGGUGACGGCAGCCCCGCCGAUCGCACCGCGUCCCCGUCCCUGACCAGCCAGGCCUCGCCGACGGACGACAACGGAGCCGAUGAGAAACGAGAGGAGGACGGAAGCCCGACGGGCCCUGUGAGCGGGGAGGAAAUAGGCCGUGCACCGCAGCGCACUUUCUCGGAGCGUUUGCCCGGCGCUCGUCACUCUUCCGGGAGCGGCGUCACGACGAGAUCCGCACGGGUGAGAGGGAACCACGCGCGCCCGAUGUCUGAGGCGUGGAUCGGCCUCUACAGAGUCAACAACCGUCACGGUGCUAUACGUUGCCCUUUCUGCACCAAACCCUUCCCCGGGGGGAGAAUCGAGGACCACCUUUUAAGCUGUCUCACCUCUCCACCUCUUCCUUAUAACACGGAUGUUCUUGCUAAGGACAGUGGCGAAUGUACAAUCUGUCUUGAAGAUCUACUACAAGGAGAGACCAUCGCUCGACUGGCCUGCCUGUGUGUCUAUCAUAAGAGCUGCAUUGAUACAUGGAGCAAAGUGAAGCCGUGCUGUCCUGAACAUCCUUUCGAUUGAUUCGUGUGUCCAGGUGCAAUGACACUUUGACUCAGGAGACAAUACCCCCGGGCAGGAGCUUAUAUUUUAUGAAACGGAAAACAAGCAUCAAAACUUGUUGCUAACUGAAUAAGCCUGGUUUAAGUAAGCCUGGCUUUAAGUAUCUGAUGUGACUUGGCUUUUUCUCUGCUCUGCAGCACCUGACUGAACAGCAGGUUCGCUCUGCUUGCCUUUUCUCUCUUAACUCUUUACCACAAAACUCAACGUGAGACUGUCAAAUGACAUGGAUUUAAAAUGUAACCGGAGAGAAAAGGUACACACGGAUCGUCUCACGGACAUCUUGAUGGGGUUUGGGUUCCUCCCUUGAUGGAGACUCCGUCAUUUAUGCUGGGAUCGCAGGCUUGGUGUUUGGGUUUUGCGCAGCAUGCUGGGAAGACUGAGUUUACGGCUUGAAUGAACUUGAUGUUUGGCAGAUCCUGGAUGAAAAGAAAUAAGUUGUACAUGCGUAAAUAUUGCACAGGAUUACAUACGAGGCAUGAUGUUUUAUAUUUCGGGUGAUACUAAAUGAUGUUUUUUUUUGUGGGGGGGGGGAUUAUUUCCCAUAUUGUUGCUAAUAGGAACAUUUCAAAGGCAAGUAAACUUGUAAAAAACAUGAAAAAAUUGUUUUAUCCACAUGCUUUCAGUUCCUCAAAGCUUUUAUAGGCUCUUGGUCUGAAUACUUCUGCUCGGUUAAAAUGUACAUUAUUAACAAACCGGAGCAGUACAUCAACCAGUCAGAUUAAUGGAUGUAUCAUUGGUUGCGGUGAAAUGUCUGUAGGUGCGUGCUUGUGUUCAACAUAAUUCGGAUUUAGGGCGUAGGUUUGGCUUGGUUUUUGUGCAGGACAUGAAAGCGAACUGUGAACAGUCAUUCAUGCAUUCAUUCAACAUGCUUCACUGUGGAUGGGAUGUAGUAGACUGAAGAGAUCCAGUCACACCAGGCCUUCUCUGAUAAUAUGUUGAAUGCGUGUGAAUCAGGCCAUCUGUGGCUCGGAGAUGUGUGUCGGGUACAGUGAUGCCAUAUGGCUCAUGCCUUGCCAGAGAUGGAGUUUCAGUGCAGCUGAUGGGAAAUGAGGACUUCUUCACCAGCACUAUAGGAAGAGUACAGUGGAAAGGCAAUAUUUUGGACAGGUUUAGGAUCCUGACACAGAGAUGUUUUUACAUUAAAAAUGUGUUUUGAGGUUUUUGGGGUUACUUGAUUUCUGAGUGUUACGUUGAUGACUCUAUUGUGUCUUGUAGUGUUGAGUUGGUCUGUUACCUUUUCUUUGCCUUAGAUUAAUGGUUCAUAUUUUGAAUAGUAACGUCUUGGAGGACUUCCCACUUUCUGGACGUAUGAAAUAAAAGGCCUUCUGGGCUUUCCCUGCCUGGCCCACUGGAGGUCAUAAUCUCCGAAAAGUAUUGUAAUGGGUUUGGUUUAGAAGAGACUCUUAUUUUCUAUUCAAAUACGUAAGAUGCCGAGUGUGUGUGCGUGCGUGUGAGAGAGUUGAUGGCAGCAAUUAUCAUUACAGUUACAUUUGUUUUGUGUUUGUGGUGCAGUGCAUUGUGGAGUGUAUGGGAGAUAUUGUCAGAGUAUUUUGACAAUCUUUUAAGCUCUGUACGUUAGCUUUUGCCCUUUGUUUAACUUAUAUGGUGCCAUACCUCAUUAUACACAUUUACUAUAUUAUUCUGGGGCAUAGCUAACUCCAAAGGUGGUGUUUUCAUUAAAAAAAUAUAAAUAUAUAUAUAUAUACAGUAUAAAAUCAAUGGAAAGUUAUGUAAUUAUUCAGUGCUAAGGGUUGAUCCUGUGUGGUUUGACAGUUGUUGGUCAAAAGUGAAUAAGGUGGAAAUGUUUUUAGGUCAAUAUGGUUUGAGGAUAUUCACAACCCCAGUCAGACAAUCUGCCCUCAUUCUGCUAAAGAACAACUGAGUAUUUAUUUAUUAAAGUGUAAAUAUGUAUUGCAUUUCAAAAUGGCUUUGUCUUUUGUUUGUCCAUGAUGCUGUUUCUAUGCCUAAAUCUUUUGUAUGUCUGACAAAUUGUUUUUAUAUGUAUUUUUUACAAUAAAUAUGCUUAAGUGUGA